AUGUUUGCGGGCUGGAAACGGAAACCAUGUUUGUAUGUUCUCUGUUUCCUCUGCUGCUGCCUUGUUCUCCUCCCAGUUCCAGCUUUUGAGCCACAUCAAACGCAUCCCUCUGAAGUCUCAGCAUUGGAAGGUGUAGCCAAUAGUUUAAUCGAUGAUCACAAGAAUCUCAAGGGCUGGAAGAAUGGAGGAGAUCCAUGCUUAAUGAACUGGACUGGCGUUAUCUGUUUCGGCGAACUUGGUUCUGAUGGCUAUUUCCAUGUCAUGGAACUGCUGCUAAUGAAUUUGAAUCUGUCGGGAACUUUGGCCCCCGAGCUUGGUCUAUUGUCUCAACUCCACAUAUUAAACUUUAUGUGGAAUGAACUGACUGGGAGUAUACCUAAGGAGAUUGGAAAUAUCAAAUCACUACAAAUUCUGGUCUUGAAUGGAAAUAGAUUGUCGGGUUCAUUGCCGGAUGAGCUUGGUUAUCUACCAAAUCUGAAUAGGUUUCAGAUAUGCGAAAACCAGAUAUCUGGACCAAUACCAAAGUCAUUUUCCAACUUGAACAGUAUAAGACACAUUCAUUUCAAUAAUAACUCGCUCAGUGGUCAAUUACCCCCCGAGCUCUCUAAAUUGUCUACAGUGCAUCACUUGCUUUUCGAUAAUAAUAACUUUUCGGGGAAUCUUCCAUCAGAGUUUUCCAAUCUUACAACGCUAAAAAUACUCCAACUUGAUAACAACAAUUUCAAUGGCGCUGAAAUUCCGGCUUCUUAUGGAAAUCUGUCGAGCUUAGUAAAAUUAAGUCUAAGAAAUUGUAGCUUGAAAGGACCGUUUCCUGAUCUAAGAAUGCGAAAGCUUCAGUACAUAGACCUUAGCUUGAACCAGCUCUCGGGAACCAUAUCGAAUAUCCUUUCCAACAAUAUAACUACAAUUGUUCUGUCACAUAAUAAAUUUAGUGGAUCCAUACCCGCAAGUUUUUCAAGCCUUCCUAUUCUCCAGAAACUGUCACUUGAUAAUAAUUUCCUGACUGGUUCCGUUAAUGUGGAUCUGUGGCAAGACAAAUCCUUCAGCUCUUCUGCCACAUUUUCCAUAAACCUUGCGAAUAACUCCCUCUCAAAUGUCAUCGGAUACCUUGAUCCUCCCACGAACGUAACAAUAAGGUUGCAAGGCAAUCCUGUUUGCAGAAAUGCAAACAUAAGGAAUAUUAAGUUGUUCUGCGAUCCUGAAUCUAAAGCCAAAGUAAACCACAUUUGGCGCGAUUCAAAAACAAAUUCAUCAACCAGGGUUUGUCCUCUUCAAGCGUGUCCUACAGGCAAUUAUUUUGAAUAUGCGCCGGCAUCACCUAGCCCUUGUUUCUGUGCAUCUCCCCUUAGGAUUGGAUAUCGACUUAUGAGUCCUAGCUUAUCUGAUUUCCCUCCAUACGAGACUACAUUUGAGUCGUAUCUGGCUACUUCUCUCAAUCUUACGGUUUUCCAAGUCUUCAUUGACUCAUUUCUCUGGGAAGGGCAUCGCUUGAGGAUGUACUUGAAAUUGUUUCCUUUGCCUAGUGAUGAUCAUUUGGGCACUUUUAACAGGAGUGAGGUUCUUUCGAUUAGGGACAAAUUUACAUCUUGGGGCUUCCCUGGUAAUGAAUUGUUUGGACCUUAUGAACUUCUCAACUUCACACUGGUUGGACCGUAUACUUACGUGAAUUCUGAUUCUUCUGGUAAAAGCAAGAACAAGGGCAUCUUAGUUGCGAUUAUACUCUCUAUGGCUUUUAUUACCGGAGUGAUCUCAGCAACCGCGACAGCUUUAAUUAUGAGGAAACGGGCUACACUUCUUCGUAUGGAACGGUCAAGGAAACGGCAAUGCUCUACGCUUUCGAUAAAAACCGAAGAUGUGAAGAGCUUCACUUUUGAAGAGCUCGCGUUAGCGACUAAUGAUUUCAGCGAAUCAGCUCAAGUCGGCCAGGGAGGUUAUGGAAAAGUUUACAAAGGAAGCCUACCUGAUAAGACGAUUGUCGCGAUUAAGCGUGGCAGAGAAGGAUCUUUGCAGGGGAAGAAGGAAUUCUUAACAGAGAUUGAAUUGCUAUCCAGGUUGCAUCACCGGAACCUUGUUUCCCUCGUGGGAUACUGCGAUGAAGAAGAUGAGCAGAUGCUGGUUUACGAGUUCAUGCCAAAUGGAACAUUACAGGACUGGCUUUCUGCAAAAUCUGGGGAGUCAUUGGAUUUCGCAGCAAGAUUGCGUAUAGCGCUGGAGGCAGCAAAGGGAAUCCUCUACCUUCACACUGAAGCAAAUCCACCCAUAUUCCACAGAGAUAUCAAAGCCAGCAACAUUCUUCUUGAUUCUAACCUCACUGCUAAAGUUGCCGACUUUGGAAUUUCACGGCUCGCGCCUCAGCUGGAUGCCGAAGGCCUGUCGCCACAGCACGUAUCAACAAUUGUUAAGGGAACCCCUGGUUACCUUGAUCCAGAAUACUUGAUGACUUAUCAGCUGACAGACAAGAGCGAUGUUUACAGCAUAGGAAUCGUAUUUCUGGAGCUACUAACCGGAAAGCAACCCAUAAUGCAAGGGAAGAACAUUGUCCGCGAGGUAAAAUUAGAGCAACAUUCGGGCAAAAUGUACUCCGUCGUAGACAGAAGGAUGGGAUCUUAUCCUUGUGAAUGUGUGGAGAGAUUUAUUGGGUUGGGGCUCAAAUGUUGCGCGGACAAACCGGAUACGAGGCCAUCAAUAUUGGAUGUGGUCAGGGAGCUGGAAAAUAUUCAUAGAAUGAUGAUGCCAGAAACAGGAGUUCAAGAAUCAUCAUCAGAUUCUCCAUCCAGAUGUUUCAGUAAAUCAUCAUCGUUAAAUUCAGGCGGCGAUCUUAUCAGUGCCGCGAAUCUGGAUGUCGCACCACGUUGA